UUAGAAUCGAUCAAAAAAUUAUGAAAUAUUUUUGUUUGGGUUUGUUUUGCUAAAUAAGAUCUAAGAAAUGUUUACCAAAAAGUUAAUGACUAAAACUCUACGUGCACCAAGUAAGCCUCAUUCAAUAUUUCGUGAAUUAUUCGCUUGCAAGGCUCAAUAUCCCUCCAAAAACCCUCAAUUAUUGGCCCAACCACUAAAUUUAAACCAGAGGCAAAUCCGAUUUUGCACCGUUGGUACAAGACAAGGUUUUUACGAUAAUGAAAAUAACUUUAUUUUUCAAAUAAUAAAUAGAUCCUCCCUAAUUGACAAUACCUUAUUAGAUAGUAGAGGAAAAAUUAUAGAUGAAAAAUCAUUUACGCUUUAUUUAAGUAAAGACUGGAGAAAAUCUAAUGCUACAGAUAUAGUUAAAGCUUUCCAGACAGUAAAACACUAUUGCAUAUCCAACGGAAUCACUGUUUCCGAUCCAAGAUUCGAUAGUCUAGUAGAUGGUCUUAUGGAUCACUGCCCCAAACUUACAGACAAUGAGCUUUUAGAACUUUUAAACUGCAUGGCCCAGUAUCCAAUGUGCCAAUCACUAACAGAACAUAAUUUUCACGAUAUGUGGAGCUGUUUGGAUGAUAUUUGUUGCUGGAAAAUGCAGGAAUGGGACAUAGAAAAGCGAUUUCAAAUUGCUGACGCCUGGUACAAAUUAAAGCUAGGAAAAUUAAUAGAUUAUAUUUUCCUUCUAUUAGAUAGGCAUGUUAAGAAAGCUGAGGUGCUCAGUAAAGAUCAAUUGGUCAGGAUAUUUUUUUAUUUUAAUAUCUGCCGCAAAAGGCCUGUGGAUUUUGAAUAUGAAUUUGCGUUGGAAAAAAAGAUACAUGAGUUGAGUAUAGAUGAAAUGGCUGUAGUUGCUUUGGGAUACUUCAAAAGUCAGAGUAAAAUUAAACCCGAACCUAUUAUAGAAGCUAUGUUAAAUGAAGUUACCAAUAAAGCUAUUGGGAUACAUGAAAUAACUUUAACUGCAAUUAUGAAGGCUGUGAGAUUCUCAUUUCCAAAAAAUUUAUUACAACAAAUAGUCAUAAUGCUGAACGCUUUAAAUCCUGAAUUAGAUAGAUUAUCUGAAACGGCUUGUCUUCAUGUAGCUUUAGUGGCUACUAGCAUUCAAACUUUUGAUGCUGACACUUUAAGGAAAUGUUCUCAAAAAUUGGUGGAACGUUUAGAGCAUACAAGAUUAAAAGAAAUUGAAAGGCUUUUGAAUGUAUUGACAAUGUUUUCAUUUGAUCCUAAUACACAACCUGAUAUUUUUGAAAUUUCAAAACAAGAGCUUCUAAAAGAAAGCAGAAUCAAUGAAAUAACUAAUCAUCCAAGACCUUUUAUAUCAGCUCUAAACUACCUUAGCCUAAAAGGAGUUUACAACUUCAAAUUAUUAAAUAGAGCUUUGGACCCUGAAUUUAUUUUUAAGAAUUUUGGAAAGAAUGCUAAAAUGAUUCCUAGAGAAUUGUUUUCAUUGGAUACCUGUAUAGACAUAGAAUGUCCUGAUUAUAAAGGAAACAGAUUAGAUACUGGUCUAAAAUAUAAAUGUGCCAAAUGGCAAACUGAGUGGGCCCCAAGCUAUGACCAAUUUAAAAAAUUAUCACCCAAAGAUAAACUCUUCCUGGACAUUAAGGAUUUAACAGAAAAAAUUGUUGGUAAUAAAGACUUUGUGAUGGUGCAGCAUGUUCUGCCACAUUUUCCAUCUCCAGAUUUAAUAAUUUGUAAAAAUACUAUCACAGGUGGUUUUGUAAAGCCUGAAGGUUUGGAUAGAUAUAUUUUGGGUGAUGUUAUGAGACCACCGAAAAAUCGUAACUUGAAAUGGUAUGCUCUUGUCGCAUUAUCUUGGAAUAAUACUAUGAGGAAUAGUUGCGAUAUUUUGGGACAUAGUGCAAUGAAAAUACGGCAUCUCGAGAAAGUGGGUUAUACUCCUGUACAGAUUAUUUGGAACCAGUACAUGUUUAUAUCCCAAGAAGAAAAGAAGAAGUACAUUUUGGAUAAAUUGAUUUAGCAAGAAAUGUUUUUGGAGAAAAAGGUGAAUAAUACAGAAAUUGAGCAAGCAGUACCAAAUUACCAAAGAAAGAUUUCAGGAGCAUAUUUGAAUCCAGCGAUAAUAAUUGAACUUCAAAUAAGAUUUUUGAUGAGAAAUACAUUUUAUAUUAUUUAUUUUUGGUAUUAUCAUUUUUGUUUACUUAUCUUCGUUUAGUACAUUUCAAAUUUUUGAAAAAAGUGGGUGUCUGAGUCUGAGCAUUAAUCGUUUUAUAAAGGUAAUCAGUCAUGAUUUGUUAAAGUUUGUUGUGAAGUUUUUCGGAAAAUCAGAACCAACUUUUCCAUCAACAAAAAGUGGUGAUGACAGUACUGACAGAUUCUUUAUUUAGAUCUGGUUUUUAUUAUUUCUGUUACAAUAUUUUGCUAAAGAUCCACGAUUUCGUGGGAAACAAACAAUAUUGGAUUCAAAAAUUUUCUUUGAGGUGUGUUGGAAAUAUUAAUUUUUUGUAAAAUUAGUGCAAAAUAUCGUAAUUUAAAUUUUACUGCUUUGGAAGAUGAAUUAUUAUUUGAAAAAGUGAACGAAAAUCCAUCAUUAUAAUGCAAAAGUUUAAAAAGCUACAAAUGAAAGACAAUAUUUGGCAAAAAUAGCAUGGGAUAUAGGAGCAAAUAAAACAGGCAUAAACUUUUAGCAACAUUAUUUACGUUCAUUGUGAACUAAUGACACACGUUUUUUUUUUAUCUGGAUGAUGUAUCUAUGAACCACUAAAAAUUAUUAGGGUAAAAAUUGAAGAGAACUGGUAACGAUGUUAUGUUGUAAAGUGUUGCCAUACAGAUUAAAUAGCACUUUACCACUCAAUUUUGGAAGCAAUAUCACAUUGGGUACUCUCAAAAAUGCGAUAAAGUAAAUUAUUGAAUAUUAUAUAAGCGGAAAAGAAAUUGUUAAAAACAGAGCAAUUUAAUAUUCAACCGAGUGUUUAACUAUCCCAUUUUUUGUAUUCCAAACCAUCUGGAGGCUUUACAGUCACUUUUUUCUGGGACACUUCAUUCCAAUUGGUGCUUAGCACUGUUCCCCCACUUUCCAUCUAGAAAUAAAAAUGGAUCUAUUUAUGAAAUUGUCCUCAAUCCUAUUGAUUGAACUAUAUGUACUUUACUUAUGUAUCAGAAUAAGAUUUAAAUAAAAAAAUAGAAAUAUGUUGGUACUUACAAAACUCUUGUUCAUAGCCAUUUUAACUUCAUCAGACCCUUUGCUGUAAAUGUCCUGGAAUAACUUAUUCAUAGCUGCUUCGCCUUCAGGUGUUUCUUGUUCUUCUUCUUUUUUGAUCUCUCUUUCAACUUUACUCCAAUCUUUCCCUUUUUUUGAAGUAGGAUAGGAUGGUGGGUGAUCAUUCUGAGUAUUGGAU